CACAUAUUAUUUUCUUUAAAUUUACCUUUUACAUUUGUAUCCUCUAUUUUAGUUUGAUUGGUCCAAAAUUUGAACUCGACUCAUAUAUAAACUUAUGGUCCCAACUCCCAAGCAAACAAGAUUAGGGAGGAAGACUUGAAAUAUAACGAUGUGGAGGUUGAGAAUCGGGCAAGGGGACAAAGAUGAUCCGUAUUUAUUCAGCACAAAUAAUUUCGUAGGAAGACAAAUAUGGGAGUUUGAUGAAAACUAUGUUGCGACUCCCGAAGAGUUGGAACAGGUUAAGCAAGCUCGUUGUUUUUUCUUCAACAACCGUCACAAGCAAAAACCAUGCGGAGAUUAUCUUUGGCGCUUUCAGUUUUUGAGGGAGAAAAACUUCAAACAAACGAUACCACGAGAGAUAGUUGUGGAGGAGAACGAGAUAAGUUAUGGCAUUGUAACCAAUACAUUAAAAAGGUCCGUUCGUUACUGGGCAGCUCUACAAGCAAGCGACGGCCACUGGCCAUCGGCAAACAACGGCUGCCAUUAUUUUAUGCCACCCAUCAUCAUGUGUUUGUAUAUAACAGGCCAUCUUGAUACAUUCUUCUUAGCAGAAGAUCGAAAAGAAAUCCUACGGUAUAUAUAUUAUCACCAGAAUGAAGACGGGGGAUGGGGAUUUCACAUAGAAGGUCACAGUAUCAUGUUUUGCACGACACUCAAUUACAUAUGUAUGCGAAUGCUCGGAGAAGGACCUGAUGGUGGCCAUGAGAAUGCAUGUUCUAGAGCUCGUAAAUGGAUUAUUGAUCAUGGCAGUGUCACUGCCAUCCCCUCAUGGGGAAAGACUUGGUUAUCGAUACUUGGGCUAUAUGAGUGGUCAGGAAGCAAUCCAAUGCCUCCGGAGUUUUGGCUUCUCCCAUCAUUUCUUCCCUUCUCUCCAGGAAACAUAUGGUGUUAUUGUCGGAUGGUUUAUAUGCCAAUGUCUUAUUUAUAUGGGAAGAGAUUCAUUGGUCCGAUCACUCCUUUAAUUCUGCAGUUGAGAAAAGAGCUUUAUUCUAUACCAUAUCAUGAAGUCAAAUGGACAAAAGUAAGACAUGCUUGUGCAAAGGAGGACAUUUAUUAUCCUCACCCCUGGCUACAAGAUCUAGCUUGGGACGCUAUAUAUGUAGCAGUGGAACCUAUCCUAACUCGUUGGCCAUUUAAGAACUUGAUUCGAGAAAAAGCACUUACAACAACAAUGAAACACAUCCAUUAUGAAGAUGAGAAUAGUCGUUACAUUACUAUUGGUUGUGUUGAAAAGGCAUUAUGUAUGCUUGCUUGUUGGGUGGAGGAUCCUAAUGGGGACUAUUUCAAGAAGCAUCUAACCAGAAUCCGUGAUAUGAUAUGGGUACAAGAAGAUGGCAUGACAGUUCAAAGUUUUGGUAGCCAACAUUGGGAUUCCGUUUUGAGUAUCCAUGCAUUAAUAGAUUGCAAUAUGGUUGAUGAAACUGGACCAACACUAGAGAAAGGACAUGAAUUCAUAAAACAUUCUCAGAUUAAAGACAACCCAUCUGGCGACUUCAGAAGCAUGUAUCGUCACAUUUCCAAAGGAGGUUGGACUUAUUCUGACCAAGAUCACGGAUGGCAACUUUCAGAUUGCACAGCUCAUGGGUUAAUGUGUUGCCUCCUUUUGGCAAAGAUGCCUCGAGAAAUUGUUGGAGAGAAGAUAAAAACCAAGCAUUUAUUUGACUCCAUAAAUUUACUACUUUCACUACAGUAUAAAAAUGGAGGUUUUUCAGGUUGGGAACCUGCAGGCUCUCCAAAAUGGUUGGAGAUGCUCAAUCCUUCUGAAAUGUUUGCAGACAUUAUGAUAGAAUAUCAAUACGUUGAGUGUACAUCGUCGGUGUUACAGGCAAUGAUACUGUUUCAAAAGUUAUAUCCUGAUCAUAGGACUCAAGAAGUUGCAAAAUGUAUUUCUAAUGCUGUUCGAUUUCUUGAAGAUACACAAUGGCCGGAUGGAUCAUGGUACAUUUGCUUUUGUGUGUAUGGAGAGUGGGGUGUGUGCUUCACAUAUGCUACAUGGUUUGCUACCAAAGGGUUAUUUGCAGCCGGAAAGACAUUUGACGAAUCUCCGACUAUCCGUAAGGCCACUGAGUUUUUACUAAAAAUUCAGCAAGAAGAUGGUGGCUGGGGAGAAAGUUACCGUUCUUGCCCUAACUUGGAAUUUACACCUUUAGAAGGAAAUCGGUCGCAUUCGGUGCAAACAUCAUGGUGCUUGAUGAGUUUAAUCUACUGUGGACAGGCAGAGAGGGACCCAACACCGAUUCAUCGUGGAGCAAAAUUUCUUAUUAACUCCCAAAUGGAAGAUGGUGAUUAUCCCCAAGAGGAAAUCACGGGGUCUUUCCGCAAGAAUUGUAUGUUACACUAUGCGUCUCACAGAAAUGUAUUUCCAAUAUGGGCUUUAACAGAAUAUCGAAAUCGGGUGUCAUUGUCUUCUAGAAGUAUCUAAUAAUGGGUAUGUGCUAAAGCAUAUGCAUAUCUAUGUAUGUAUGUAUGCGUGCUUUACCAACUGUGUUGUGGGAAAAGUAGUCAUACAUAAUAUAACCAUAUAUAAAUUCAUGUAUCUUCAACAAGUGUUCGUCAUUAUAUAUAACAUUAAUUUUGGAUGAUC